UGUGUCUGCCUCUCCUGCAGCAGGAUUUGUUGUAUUUCUAGGGUGAAAUAAACGAAGAGAUUGAAACAAUAUAUUUUUUAUUCGUUUUUUUUAAGUUUAUUUAUAUAUAUACACACACUAUAUGGCGACAGUAUUUGAGUUGACGAACUUCUUACAACAUUUAGCAUUUUCGCCUAUAAUUUAUGUUGGUUAGUCAAAUAGCAUUGUUGUUUAAUUGUUACAGUAUUUUUUGGUUAUAUAAAUAUAUUUGGUCUACAUCUAGCUUAAUUCUAUCUAUUUGGGGUAUCUGCAAGGGGGAUAAUUGUUUUUUAUUUAUAAUUAGAAUAUUUUGUUUUUAAAAAAUUAAAAAAUAAAAUUCAGUCAUCACAUGAACAUUGCACCACACAAAACUUUUGCAACCACGAAAAUAAACUGCGAUUUACUGUUAAAAUGUGAUUAUCUCGCGGACUAAGACUAAAUAGGCAAAUAAUGCAAAUUUUUACAACAAUCGCACAGGCUGCUGUCGAGCAGGGUCACGGUGGAGAUAAAAAAAAUUUCCCUGGGAAGAAAAUACAGAGUUUUCUCCACAAACGGUAACAAUAAAUCAAAGAGAGGUGAUGCUGAAGUCAGUCGCAAUUACAGGAAUUAGCCCUAACCCUUCACUGCUAAUCAGAGCUGGCGGUGAUAUGUUUGUGUCCUCAUGCAAUCAGAAGACCAGUUGGAGAGCCCGGGCACCAGGACUCAAUAGGACCAAUCAUCAUCAGUUCCAAUUGCCAUUUAAAAGGUGACAUGAUCAGCGAUUAAAACACAGUUAAAACGGAGUAGUAAAAGUGAUUUUUCCCUGUCUCUCCACAUGUGCCUUAGAUCAGGGGUGAAUUACGUUCGAGGUCCAACUGACAAAUGAUCUUCAAGAGACAAAGUUUAAGAUGUGUGAAGUGGAAAUCCACAUCAAUUUGACUUUGGCCCCUGUGUGUCCACGUCCACGCUGCAGUUGACCUCGUGUAAACCUCCUUUUAUCUGGAUCUAAUUUGGCGCAGAGUAUCUCUCUCCGGGGAACAAUUGUUGCGGCAGCACUUCUCCUGCUUCUGAGGCCGAGGAGCAUUGUCUUUAGCCGCAGAGAGUGCGGGACGGUGGCGCAGAAACAUCUGCCUCUCCCCCCAGUCCCACCUCCUCCUGACUCCGAUGCCCAUCGGCCCCAAUAUUGCAACAAAAGCUGCCGUUGUUUUACUCUGUCCCUUGAAUCCAGGGUAAUUACUUAUCAUCAAUCAAAAUUAAUAAUAGCUGAUUGGGUUGGUGUGGUCAACGAUUAUGGAAGGGGAAGGGCUGGAGCGGCUCUCACACCGUUUUUUAGGAGUCAAUAGUGAACCUGGCACAGAGGGGAGGACGGGGAGAAGGAGGGUUUGGGACGGGUAAGAGGGGGGUGGGGGGCUCGACCUGUCUAUUUGGUCUCCACUGGGAAACUACCGCCUCUCAAGACGGCCAAAAAGUCAGGGGCUGAAUAAGGAAAUGAAGCGUAAUUUGAGGAAGAUGGAUGAGCCCCCAGGGAAACACCUCCUUUUCAUCCCUCUUGUAUUGCAGAUUAUAACCAAUGCGCUCCCUCCCUCCCUCCCUUCCUCUCUCUCUCUCUCUCUCUCUCUCCCUCUCUCUGAGCACAGAGGGGCGGAGGUUAGACUCGCAGAGAGGGGAGAGGUGCUCAGACACGGAGAGAGCGUGUGUUUGUGUCUCAGUGUGGGACAAAUAAGAGGCAAAAAGGUAGCGGUGGCGCUCACAACCCAGCGUCCCACUGACCGGCGCAUAUAGAGCGCACAGACCCGGAGAGUAGAGCAGUCCACAUCCAGGGAUGACAGCACUCCAGUUCACAGGAUCUACUUCCAGCCCACUCUGUCUCUGAACUAAAAGUUUAGUGCGUUGCAAAGGAAGGAACACCUGCAUCCAAGUUCUUCUCCCUACUUCACCGACCCAAAGCGCACGCCUGCAAAAAUGCAGAGACCCGGCGGCCAAGGAACGGCGUUUUCCAUCGAUUCUCUCAUAGGGACCCCCCAGCCCAGACCGGGACACCUGCUCUACACGGGCUACCCCAUGUUCAUGCCCUACAGACCGCUGGUAAUCCCACAGGCUUUAUCUCAUGCGCCUUUAUCCUCUGGUAUACCCCCGCUUGCGCCACUGGCGUCUUUUGCCGGACGGCUCACCAACACUUUCUGCGCCAGUUUGGGUCAAGGAGUCCCAUCCAUGGUGGCGCUCACGACGACCAUGCCGAGCUUCUCGGACCCUCCGGACAGUUUCUAUCCGCCGCAGGAACUCCCAGGGCCCCGGUUGAGCGCCGCGGAUCCGGCGGCGAGAAGACAGGAGAGUCCGCACUCUGACGAACUGCACAGCCGGGACAAAAGCUCUGAGCUCAUCAACUUCUCUGAAACUUUUCAAACAAUCUCAGGAGAGACCAAACUUUACAGCUCAGACGAGGAGAAGCUGGACCUAAAAUCUGCAGACACCGUGUGCAGUGACCGGGAGGACAGCUCUGUAGACAGCGAGAACGAAAGUUUCUCGGACGGGAACAACUGCGGCUCCAUGACGCAGAAGAACAAACUAAAAAGCGGCUCCCAGGAGGCGCUGGCCACCGGCACGUCUGCGGGGAAGAGCCGCAGGAGACGAACAGCUUUUACCAGCGAGCAGCUGCUGGAACUAGAAAAGGAGUUUCACUGUAAAAAGUACCUGUCGCUGACCGAACGCUCCCAGAUCGCACACGCACUUAAACUGAGCGAGGUGCAGGUGAAGAUCUGGUUUCAGAACCGCCGAGCCAAAUGGAAACGGAUCAAGGCCGGGAACGUCAACAACCGCUCAGGGGAACCCGUGCGUAAUCCCAAAAUCGUGGUGCCAAUCCCGGUGCACGUCAACAGGUUUGCGGUGAGGAGUCAGCACCAACAGAUCGAGCAGGGGAGCAGGCCCUGAUCUCAGAUCGGUUUGAGAACUGAAUCCUAAUUUAAAAGAACACUUAAUUUCUUUGUUCCACUGACGUGUCGAACGCAUGAAGCACAAGAAAGGAGGAUUUUGUUUGUCUGACAAGGUGAGACUGAGCAGAGAAGAGGAUCCGUUAUUUGUCCAGAUGCUGUCAUUUUUUUUAAUUUAUUGUCCUGUGAAUAUGUAUAUUUAAAUGGGCACUAUGAAGAUGAGACUGUAAAGAUUUUUUAAGUAUUUAUAUAUAGGGCCAAAAUGUUCUGUUGGUUACGUGCAUGUCCUCAUUUGGUGAAGAAUAUUCUGGACUUUUUUUAUUUCUAAAUAUUUGGUUGUUUAGUACAAUUUGUUGACCACAUUUGCAUGUAACUUAAGACGUUUAUUUGUCGACUGUAGGAUCCACCUUUGACAGCUAUAUGUGAAAUAAAAGAUGUGAAGGACCUUAUGACCAAACAAGGGACGAGUGUAAAAUAUCAAGACCUAAUAAAUCGUUUUAUAUGAACGUCGGAAUCAGAUUGAAUCCAUUUUAUUCAGGCAUUAUUGUGUUUCAGCCUCCGAAUGUUACAUUCUUUUUUGAAAUAUUUCUUAAAAUAUUUCAUUUAAAUACGGCCCUUACCCAAUGAAGUGCCUUCAGUAAUAAAUGCAACAAAGCUAUUAAAAAAAAACCUUUU